AUGGUAGAAUAAUCACUCACAUUCAAGGAUUAUCCCUUUUUGAAAGAACUCGGCCUUGCUGAGACAAACUUUGGUUGCUAUAGAAAAGGUGAAUGGGUUGGCCACGGAGAUGAGAUAGUCUCUGUAAAUCCUCAUAACAACAGGCCAAUCGCUAAGAUUAAGCUUGCUAAUGGCUAGGACUACUAGGACUGCAUUAAGGCAAUGGAAGGAGAGAAGCUCAGAUGGGCAAAGACUCCUGGUCCAGUCAGAGGAGAAAUAGUCAGAUAAAUUGGAGAUGCCUUCAGAAGAAAGAAGGAAGCAUUAGGUUUACUUAUUUCUCUAGAAAUGGGAAAGAUUAAGAGUGAAGGUCUUGGAGAGGUAUAAGAGUAUAUUGAUAUUUGUGAUAUGGCUACUGGAUUAUCAAGAACCAUUGAGGGUAAAGUACUGCCUAGUGAGAGACCAGGUCAUUUCAUGAUGGAGCAAUGGAACCCAUUGGGAUUAAUUGGUUGCAUUACAGCAUUCAAUUUCCCAGUUGCAGUUAGCGGCUGGAACGCAGCUAUCGCAUUCAUUUGUGGUGAUCUCAUGAUCUGGAAGCCAGCACUGACUACAUGUCUCUGCUCAAUAGCAACCUAAAAUAUUAUCAAUGAGGUACUAUAAUAGCAUGGCUUCAACUCCAUCCAAACUCUAUGUGCUGGAGAUGGACCAAACGUUGGUGCUCUCCUUGUAAAUGAUCCAAGGCUCCACUUGAUCUCAUUCACUGGCUCCACUCAGGUUGGUAGACAUGUCUCAGCAGAAGUUGCUAAGAGAUUCGGGCGAACCAUUCUUGAACUAGGAGGAAACAAUGCUGCUGUAAUUAUGCCAGAUGCUGAUCUAGAACUUGCUUUGAAGGCUUGUGUCUUUGCUAGUGUAGGUACUGCAGGACAAAGGUGCACCACUCUCAGAAGAAUCAUUAUUCAUGAGAGCAUUCAUGACUAGUUCGUGAAUGCAAUGGUCUCAGCAUACAAAACUAUUAGAUAAGGAGAUCCACUCAACCCAGAGACUCUCUUAGGACCACUUCACACCAAAGAUGCAGUUAAGUAAUAUAAGGAUGGUAUAGAAGAAAUCAAGAAGCAAGGAGGUAAAAUCCUAUUCGGAGGAGCAGUUUUAGAGGGACCAGGUAACUAUGUUCAACCAACUGUGGUUAGUAUUGGCCAUGAUGCUCCAAUAGUAAAGCAUGAGUUAUUCGCACCUGUUGUCUAUGUUAUCAAGUUCAAGACUCUAGACGAGGCAAUCCAAUAUAAUAAUGAGGUUCCACAGGGACUAUCAAGCACUAUCUUUACUAAGGACAUGCAAAACUACUUUAACUGGGUCGGUCCUGCAGGUUCUGAUUGUGGUAUUGUUAAUUGCAACAUUGGUACCUCAGGUGCAGAAAUCGGAGGUGCAUUCGGAGGAGAAAAAGAGACCGGUGGUGGUAGAGAGUCUGGCUCUGAUUCAUGGAAAUAAUAUAUGAGAAGAUCAACUUGCACAGUUAACUACACAAACUAUCUAGCUCUCGCUCAAGGUGUUCAAUUCAAGUUAUGA